GACGCCUGCGCACACGGGGCUCUUGUGCACUCUGUCUCUGGCGGCCCCGCUGUCCUGCCUCAGCCUGAGCCGCGAGGGACUUUGUCGGAUUACUUGUGCACUGGACGAGAUGGCGGAGAUGGACGACUUGUCUAUGCCUGGAGGCGGAGGGAUGGCGAUAUCCAACGGAAUGUCUAAUGGCAUCUCCAAUGGGACCUCCGAGCACCGGGAGCACAAGGAGCACAAACACAAGCACAAGGACAAGGACCGUGAGAGGGAGAAGGACCGCCACAGGGACAAAGACCGUCACAAAAGCUCUCACAAGGACAAGGACAAGGACAAGGACCGACACUCAUCUAGUCACAAGAGUUCCCACAAGGAGAAGGACCGCGACAAGGAACGCAGCAAGGACAAGGACAAGGAGAGGACCGACAAGGACAAGGAGCGCCACAAGGACAAGGAGAGGAGCGACAAGGACAAGCACAGGGACAAGGACAAGCAUAGGGACAAGGACAAACAUAGGGACAAGGACCGAGAACGCAGCGACAAGGAAAAAUCGCGAGACAAGGAUAAGGAACGGCAUCGUGAGGAGAAGAAACACAGCGGCAGCGGGGAGAAGAAAGAGCGAGACAAAGACCGCCACUCGUCCUCGACACACAAGAGCAGCCACAGAGAUAAGGACAAAGAGCGGGAGAGGCAUAAGGAGAAGAAUCGCGAGAAGGAACGGAAGGAGGAGAAGGUUAAGUAUGAGAUGGAAGACACAACCUUGCGGGACUUUUACGGGGCUCCCGAGGAGGACAUCACUGUGAAGGACGAGCCCUUGGAGUCUGAGGAGGAGGACAAGCUAGUAAUUAAUGAGCCCAUGAAGGACGAGCCCCCUGAGGAAGAUGAGGAGGAGAUGCCUCUGGUGAGUAAGCUGGAGCCAAAGGAAGAGCCAGAGGAUGAGGAGGAGGAGGAUGAUUUGCCAUUGUCACAUCGCAAACAUGUCAAGGAGGAGAAUGAGGAUGAUGAUGACAAGCCUUUGGCCAUGCGCAAGAAGAUGAAGACGGAACCCAAGGAGAAGAAGAGGAAAAAGGUUAAGGACGAGGAUGAGGACGAGGACUUCAAACCGGAAAAGAAGAAGGUGAAGAAGGAGAAGAAAGAGAAGAAGGUUAAGCAGGUGAAGCAGGCUGGGGGCGGCGGGCCUCCCGAGUCACCCACCAAGAAGGGCAAGAAGGAGGAGGAACCCGUCUGGAAAUGGUGGGAGGAAAACAAGAGAGACGAUGGAGUGAAGUGGACCUUCCUGGAGCACAAGGGCCCCCUGAUGGCUGCCGCGUACGUCCGCACGCCCAGCAACGUCAAGUUCUUCUACGAUGGCAAGCAGAUGGAUCUGUCAGAGGAGACGGAGGAGGUGGCCGGCUUCUACGCCCGCAUGUUGGAGCACGACUACACCACCAAGAAGGUCUUCAACAGCAACUUCUUGAAGGACUGGAGAAAGGUCAUGACUCCCAAAGAGAGGGAGAUCAUCACCGACCUCUCCAAGUGCGACUUCCGGCAGAUCCACGCCUUCUACGUGCAGCAGAACGAGGACAGGAAGAACCGCACCAAGGAGGAGAAGAAGGCCCUCAAGGAGACCAACGAGCGCCUCAUCGCUGAGUACGGCUGGUGCAACAUUGACGGACACAAGCAGCGCAUCGGCAACUUCAAGAUCGAGCCGCCAGGACUGUUCCGAGGCCGCGGUGAGCACCCCAAACAAGGCAUGCUCAAGAAGAGGAUCAUGCCCGAGGACGUGAUCAUCAACUGCUCCAAGGAUUCCAACAUUCCCAAGCCGCCAGAUGGACACAGGUGGAAGGAGGUUCGGGCAGACCCCAACGUGACGUGGCUCGCCUGCUGGGUGGAGAACGUGCAGGGGCAGACCAAGUACGUCAUGUUGAAUGCCGCGUCCAAACUCAAGGGCGAGAAGGACUGGCAGAAGUACGAGACGGCGCGACGGCUGCACAAGUGUGUGGACAAGAUCCGUGAGCAGUACCGGCUGGACUGGAAGAGCAAGGAGAUGAGGAUACGACAGCGUGCAGUAGCGUUAUACUUUAUUGAUAAGUUGGCUCUCAGGGCGGGUAAUGAGAAGGACGAGGACCAGGCAGACACUGUGGGCUGCUGCUCCCUGCGUGUUGAGCACAUCACCCUCCACGAGCAGAAGGACGGCAAGGAGUACGUCGUGGUGUUCGACUUCCUGGGUAAAGAUUCCAUCCGCUACUACAAUGAAGUGUCCGUCGAGAAGAAGGUAUUCAAGAACCUUCAGCUCUUCAAAGAGAACAAGGAGGAAGGGAAUGACCUCUUCGACCGCCUCAAUACUCAAAUCCUCAACAAGCAUCUGAACGAGCUGAUGAACGGACUCACGGCCAAGGUAUUCCGUACAUACAACGCCUCCCGCACCCUGCAGGAGCAGCUGGAGCUCCUGACAGACCCUGACGCUCCCAUCUCUGCCAAGAUCCUCCAGUACAACCGGGCCAACCGUGCCGUGGCCGUGCUGUGUAACCAUCAGCGCGCUGCUCCCAAGAGCUUUGACAAGUCCAUGGCAAACCUGCAGAAGAAGAUCAGUGACAAGAGGGAGCAGGUUGAUGAAGCUGAGAGGGAGUGCAAGCAGAUGAAAAAGGCUGCCAAGUCUGGAGGUUCCCAGAAGGAAAAGAUGAAUUACGAGAAGAAGAAGAAGGCCGUAGAGCGCCUGAAGGAACAGCUGGAGAAGCUGGAGCUCUCGGCCACAGACAAGGAGGAGAACAAGACCAUUGCCCUGGGCACCUCCAAGCUGAACUACCUGGACCCCCGUAUCUCCGUGGCCUGGUGCAAGAAGUUUGACGUCCCCAUCGAGAAGGUCUACAACAAGACGCAGCGGCAGAAGUUCCAGUGGGCCAUCGACAUGGCCACGUCGGACUACAACUUCAUGGGUGAGCCGAUGAACAUCACCAAAAACAGUUCUGAUGGUGAGGGAGAAGAGGAGGACUAUGAGUGAGCUCCUCAGCGCCGAGGCUGCCGAGCCUGACCAAAGAUUGCACAACCGAGGACUGUUCUCUAGGAUCAUGCCAUUCACUCACCAAUGUUUUAGAAGGUCAUUUUAUAUCAUGUAAUUUGCUACAUAAAAGGGGAAGUGUAACUAUGGGUACUAGGGAUGUUAAAGGGGGCUGAUGUGUAUCACAAGUAUUUAUUACACAGUUGGCAAAUAAUUUUAUUGAAUUUUAUAUUUGGUAUGUUUUGUUGGAGAAUUUGUUGAGGGCGUCAGUGGUUCAAUCCUUCAAGGUUUCAGAAACCCGUUGGAGUAAGUCUCAGGAGGUGGCUAUCUUUAUGGCAGAUUUCAGUGACAUGAUUUUUAUAACUCAGAAAUCUCAAAAGCAGGAGAAUGAUUUAUGGUAACUUUAACUUUGAUACUUAAUAAAUAGUGAGACCAUUAAUUAUUUUAGUUUUCUACAUUGGAGAGGCAGAUAAAAUAAUGUACUUUGUGAUAAAUUUAUUUUAAGUGCCCUGAGGAUGCCCACUGCCUCAUCAGUAUAUCGGUGUAUCUAUUUAAUAUUAUUUUUUAUGAGUAUUUAAAUACUGCAUUAGACUAUAUUGAUAACAUGCACCAAGACAGUAGAGCCUCCACCUGUGUGUUGGUCAGUGGCUGGGGGAGCCGGCUGCCUGGCACACAUGGGUUGAACCAGAUAUAUUUUUAUCUUGAUGUGGUCGUGUUUUCUGACUGACUAGUGGUAGGGGCGAUUUUUCAGAGCAAGUGGGAAGAAUGUUGAUGCAAGUAGUUAAGAAUCUUGUGUGUGUGGGUGCAAGGGAAUGGCAGCCAGUCUGGUGUUAGUGAAGUUGUGUAAGCUAGUAUUUGCACCAGCUUUCUCAGGAACAGAGCCAGGAGGUGACCAUGUGGCAAGCAAGGGUUAGCAGAGCAGUGAUUCACCUGAUCUCUGUUCAAUUUCAUCAAGUGAAUUACGCAAUCUAUUAAUUUCCGGGCAGGGUGGCUCAGUGGGCGUGGUGCCUGGCUCAUGACCCAGAGGUUAUGAGUUCAGUCCCAGCUCACAGCAGCUUCUGGUGAGAGAGAGAGAGUAACUCUAUGAGAGCUGUAUGGUCUUAGCUACUUAGUUUAUGGAGAUUCUUCAGUUCUGAAGCAUAGAGGAGGUGGCUGUCUUGCCAGACUUAACUAAACAGUUGUUUGUCAGAUUUCUACUCAGUUUCAUGGUCAAGUGAAUGUUUAAAUUUUGAUUCCAAAUUUAGAGAAGAUGACAGCCAGUGAUGUGAUUUGGUAAGGUGCAAUAAUAGGGUCAGGUUGAGGAUGUAUUGUUAUCCUUAGUGCUGAAAGCAUUGGGUGUUGCAGAAUUGGGUUCUCCUGUUGUGCAAUUUUUAAGUGUUGAAGAAUGUGAGGCAGUGAGACGGUGACAGUGGCAGCAAAUUGAAAUGGAGUGGGUUGUGAGGCAGGGCUAAAGUGACUGUGUGGGUGACAUAUCUCAGACUGCCCUGGCACUGUUUUAAUGGUUUUAAGUCUAAUGUAAGCAUCAGUGACAGUAACCUUCACAUUGCUGCAGUUAUGAUGUGAACCCACCUUUUUGUUGCAGUUAUAGGACAUAGAUGUUAUUUCUUAGGUCUGACAAUUGAGCUUGACACUCAUCAAUUUCUGUUUGGUGUGUGUUUAUUUAAGUGGCCGUUUAUUUAUUCUGUUAUCCACAAUAGUACAGCUCAGUUUUCAGGUGGCAGAGAGGCAUUAGGAGCUGGAGCAGGUCAGUGUGUGGAGCAUUUCAUUAUUAUAAAGGAAAAUAAGCAUAUAAUGGAAAAUGAUGGGGGAAAAUUAUUUUGCUUAAAAAUUGUUAUAUAUCAUGUAUUGUUCAUUAUUCCAUUCUCAAAUUCUGUAGCUGCAAGACACAGAGAAUUAAGGAUGCAUGUAGAAUCGGCUCGGCCAUACAUCAUUGCUGCCGGCUGCCCAUGGUGGCCGCAAGCUAAGGUAGACUACUAGGUUUUUAUAGUUAUUCUUGGUGUAAUUUUUGGUAGUGUUUGUGAAUUUGUGUAAGUUAAAAAGUGGACUUGGGGUGUAUGUGAAGACAUGACAUAGGCACGGCGGUGCAUUUGACGAAGGCCUGGCGUAUGGAAUCUUGGGACCAUUCAUGCAAUGUCGGAAAAUAGUUUUGAGUAUCUGGGACUAAAGUAUUUUGUUUGGUGACCUAAACAAUUAAUCUUGGCCUGUGUCUUGCCAACAUCAAAUUCACUUGAGAUCUUCCCAGUUCAGCUGGUCAUUCCAUACCAUUGUGUGAUAUACACCAUGUACAUACUGAUAAUUCAUCAAUAAACCAUCAUGGCAACAA